GCCGAGCUCUGUUUGGGGCUAGGAGGGGCUGGGAGAGGCUGGGUCGGGGACCAAAGAGUCUCAACAGUAGAGUUGCACUGUGAACUAGGGGCGGGACUCGAACCUGUAGCCCAGCUAGGGUCACCCUGGUCUGGGAAAAGAGGGUCCUUGGUUCGGGAGCUGGAUUUCCAUCAGCGUGGCAAGUAGAGCUUCCCCUAGGCUGAGGCCAGCGCCGAACAAACAUGCAGCGACUCAGGGGCGUUUUGCUGUGUCUGCUGCUGGCUGCGGCUGUCCCCACCGCCCCGGCUCCUGCCCCGACGGCGACGGGGACUCCAGUGGAGCCGGGUCCGGCUCUCAGCUACCCGCAGGAGGAAGCUACGCUCAAUGAGAUGUUCCGAGAGGUGGAGGAGCUGAUGGAAGACACGCAGCACAAACUGCGCAGCGCGGUGGAGGAGAUGGAGGCAGAAGAAGCAGCUGCAAGAACAUCCUCUGAGGUGAACCUGUCAAGUUUACCUGCCAACUAUCACAACGAGACCAACACAGACACCAGGGUCGGCAAUAACACCAUCCAUAUGCACCGAGAAAUUCACAAGGUAACCAACAACCAGACCGGACAGAUGGACUUUUCUGAGACAGUCAUUACAUCGGUGGGGGAUGAAGAAGGCAAGAGGAGCCAUGAAUGCAUCAUCGAUGAGGACUGCGGGCCCACCAGGUACUGCCAGUUCUCCAGCUUCAAGUACACCUGCCAGCCGUGCCGGGACCAGCAGAUGCUGUGCACCCGAGACAGCGAGUGCUGUGGAGACCAGCUGUGUGUCUGGGGUCACUGUACCAAAAAGGCCACCAAGGGUAGCAACGGGACCAUCUGUGACAACCAGAGGGAUUGCCAACCUGGCCUGUGCUGUGCCUUCCAAAGAGGCCUGCUGUUCCCCGUGUGCACAUUCCUGCCUGUGGAGGGGGAGCUCUGCCAUGACCCUGCCAGCCAGCUGCUGGACCUCAUCACCUGGGAACUGGAGCCCGAAGGCGCUUUGGACCGAUGCCCCUGUGCCACUGGACUCCUCUGCCAGCCUCAGAGCCACAGUCUGGUGUAUGUGUGCAAGGCAGCCUUCAUCAGUAGCCACAACCAAAAUGAGGAGAGUCUGCUGCCCAGGGAGACCCCUGAUGAGUAUGAAGAUGGCGGCUUCAUUGGGGAGGUGCGCCAGGAGCUGGAGAACCUGGAGCAGAGCCUGGCCCAGGAAAUGGCGUUUGGGGAGCUUGCCCCUGCGGAGUCCCUGGGUGGGGAGGAGAUUUAGACUCAGACCCAGCUGAGCUGCUGGUAGAUGUGCAAUAGACAUGGCUAAUUUAUUUCCCCGGGAGUGUCCCCUAGGUGUGGGGCUAGCCAGGCAUUCUCCACAGCUCCUUCCCGGUAGCUUUUUCCCUGGCUUGACAAGGUGCAGCGCAAGUACAUUUGUUCCAGCUGCCCCGCUGCUCUGGGGCUGGGAGAGACUGAUGGGGUGGGGGAGGGCAAUGGCGAGCCACCCUACACCAUGGCCAGACGUUCUGUUUUGUUCAGAUUUGAUUGAAAGGAGAAGACAGAAAGGGGUAAAGUCUGCCCAUGGUCGGCCCCAGGAAGAUAUGGAGGAGGGUGCCUGCUCUGUAAACAAGGACCUGGUAAAAUGUAGCCAUUGCGUUUGUACUGUGUCCCUUCUGUGGGCCGAGGCUGCUCUUGUGGCCUCCCACACCUUCAUCCCUCCACCCUCUCUUUUUGCUCCUCCUACCUCACUGUCAGCAUGCCCUUCACAUCCGCUCAGUCCACUCCACGCAGCUUGGGAGCAAACCAGAGUGGGUUUCUCGCCAAGCCCCUGUUCUCUCACUCCCCCCCUCCACCAGCCCCCAACUACUUCCAAAAGGAGGGGAGUGAAAUCCUUUUCUUCUUUUCUUUCUUUCUUUUUUUUUUUGUGCAUUUAAGGCAUGCCUGGAACUAAAGCCAGGCCAGUUUGCAUAUCCCUCUAAGGUUAGAAGUAACAGCGUGAAGGCCAGUGGUAUGGACACUGCCCUCUGCCAUUUGCUUCAAUAACUCCGAAAGUCAGUAAUUGGAGGGCCGUUUGUGUAAAUGAAUUCACAGGAAGGACAUUUGGGUAAUUGUAGGGCCAGGGUUAUAAAUGAAAUUUGCAGUCGUUUAGCCACAAGGGAAGGCUGUGUGAAGGACGGCUGUGAUGUCCAGACAGAAGCUGGGCUGGGCGUCGGGUCUCAGAGGACUGUGUCAGGUGCCAGGAACUGUUUCCAUCCUGUCCUCAUCCAGAGUGAUUCAGCUUUAGAGCCGCGCCCAGUUGUCGAAGCAUGCUUUCGUCUGAGUUUUAAAUUAUGUAUAAGCACACGCGUUGCUCUCAAAGAUCAUGCAUAAAUUACUUUAGCUACUGUUUGAUAAUUCUUGGGCUUCUUUUUUUCCCCCUUUGGCUUUCAAUAAAUAUAACCCCCCUUCAUCCAGAACAAUAAAAUAAAACAAUCUGUGGUAUAAAGAGACGAAAAGUCUUUCCAUAGAGGCAGAUUUUCCAGGCAUCUGUGGUUCGCUUCUAGACUCUGUUGGAACAUUUAUCCUUGUCUGGAUGGGAAUGAGUUUUAGGAGAGCAAACUCCUUGCCAUCUCCUGAAGUAAGUCGUCUCUUGGAGGCACCUUGUCAUCAAAGGCAAUUCUGGGCUUGGGCAGGACGGGCACUCUAAUGAAAUACCUGAGGCAAUUUAUGUAUUUAAAAAAGCUUAUUUUUGUUCCCUGUUUUGGGUGUCAGUUGUGAUCCUGUUGCCUGGAAACUGUGGUGGGGCAGCACAGCAUGGCGGGGGGCUUGUGGUAGAGUCAGGCUGCUCCCAGGGAGAGAGAGAGAGAGAGGAACACACAGUCCUCCCCCAGGACCGGGGCCCUCUCACGAGGCCCCACGGGCGCCCCAGGCUCUGCCGCAUUGGUCUUAGCUACUCUCCUGAUGCUGACAAGAGCUGCCUGAAGGGUGAGGGUUCAUUUUGUAGCAGGCGAGGCACAGGGGUGGAGUGUGGGGCUCCUUCCCACAGUUCUGAGGACCAGGGGGCAGAGAAAGGGUAAUGCCAGGACUCAGAUUCUCCUCUUUCCCCUUUCAUUUAUUCUGGGACCCCAGCCCAUGGAAUGGUGCCAUCCCACCCAAAAGGGUGAGUUUCCUUCCUCAGCUGGAACUCUUUGGGAACUCCUUGCCUCAUAGACAGGUACAGAGGGUGUCUCCUAAAUGAUUCAAAAACCCAUUUGGUUCCAAGACACAGAAGGGCUAUGUAAUAACUUUUCCACAUAACACCUUUGCAUCUAAACGACUUUAAAUCUCUAAUCUGAAGAUAUCACAGUAAAGAAAUAUAGACAUUUAGAAAAACGGUAAAUAUAAGUACUUGCUAGUCACCUGUGUCC